GCAGGCAAGAGCUACCGACUACAGUGCUAACGACGACUUCCUGACGAACAAAAUGGCGCUCGUUAAGCAGGAUGCCGCGCCCGACUACACGAUCAAGCCGCAAGCUGCCGCUGCGCCCAUUGACACCAGCGACUGGCCGCUGCUGCUCAAAAAUUACAGCGACUUGCUCGUGCGAACCGCGCACUUCACUCCUAUCCCCGCAGGAUGCUCGCCGCAUGCUCGCGACCUGAAGCAAUAUGUUAGCUCUGGUGUCAUCAACCUUGACAAGCCUUCGAACCCCUCGUCCCACGAAGUUGUAGCUUGGAUCAAGCGCAUCCUGAGGGUGGAGAAGACUGGUCACAGCGGAACUCUUGAUCCUAAGGUCACUGGUUGCCUCAUUGUCUGCAUUGACCGUGCGACCCGUCUGGUCAAGUCUCAGCAAGGAGCCGGAAAGGAGUAUGUCUGCGUCAUCCGCCUGCACGACAAGCUCCCUGGCGGCGAGGCCCAAUUCGCUCGCGCUCUUGAGACCCUGACCGGUGCUCUGUUCCAGCGACCGCCGCUCAUUUCCGCCGUCAAGCGCCAGCUCCGUAUCCGAACCAUCCAUGAGAGCAAAUUGUACGAGUUCGACAACGAGAGGCAGCUUGGUGUCUUCUGGGUGAGCUGCGAGGCAGGAACCUACAUCCGAACGCUGUGUGUGCAUUUGGGUCUGCUUUUGGGUGUUGGUGCGCACAUGCAGGAGCUUCGCCGUGUGCGAUCUGGAGCUAUGGACGAGUCCAAGGACAUGGUCACUCUGCACGACGUCAUGGACGCUCAGUGGAUGCAGGACAACAACCGCGACGAGGAAUAUCUGCGCUACGUCAUCUCUCCUUUGGAGACGCUCCUGACCAGCUACAAGCGCAUUGUCGUCAAGGACAGCUCAGUCAACGCCAUCUGCUAUGGUGCCAAACUCAUGGUCCCUGGUCUGCUCCGCUUUGAGAAGAACAUCGAGCUUCACGAAGAGGUUGUCCUUAUGACCACCAAGGGUGAGGCUAUCGCUCUUGCGUAUGCGCAGAUGUCUGCUGUCGAGAUGUCGACCUGUGACCACGGUGUUGUUGCACGCAUCAAGCGUGUCAUCAUGGAGCGCGAUCUAUACCCACGACGAUGGGGCUUGGGUCCCGUUGCGACUGAGAAGAAGAAGAUGAAGGAGAACGGUACUCUCGACAAAUUCGGUCGUAACAACGAGAAGACCCCUGCCACAUGGACUUCUAACUACAAGGACUACGACGCGCAGAACCAGGGAUCUACUGAUGUGACCAUGGGUGAGACCACGACUACCAGCGAUGUUCUUGCAGCUCCUGCUGUACCCCCAACGGGUCUGGAUGCCAACGGCGAGGCCGAGGCUGAGGCCGAGAUCUCCAAGAGCAAGAAGCGUAAGAGCCGCGGCGACGAGGAGGAGGAGACUGUCGAAGAGAAGGCCGCUCGCAAGGCCGCAAAGAAGGCGAAGAAGGAAGCGAAGGCGGCCAAGAAAGAGAAGAGGAAGUCCAAGGGCGGCGCUGAAUCCGAGGACUCUGACUAAAUCUUUGGAUAUACUGGAUCUCGAUUUUUUGACGUUACAACAACAAAAGUGCGCGACCGAUUCGGCCACUGCGAGCCUGCAGCUGCACCCAGAAGUUUGCCCGCCUACGUGUUACCUAUACUGGACUAGCGCUGGGUACUCAAAUUUUUGGCAUGCGCUGUACUGUGGAUCCGCAAGUGCAUGUACAACUUGUCAAGAUACCUCGACUUUUCACUGCUUUGUAGCAUACGACAGCGUGUCGAUAUCGGCGUUAAGGGUAACCUGGUGGAGUUCGGAGCAUUCCGGUUCGUGGGGCAGCAGGGGUGUUGACUAUGUGUGAGAGAACGCCAGAGUCAAUUCACCGGCGAAUGUUGUAGAUUCCAAUGUGGGCCUGACAGUUUCGCGAUAUGAAUAUCACC